GUAUCUCAGUGCUUUUCGAUUAUUUGACUAAAACACUACUCGAUCUAGUAUAAAAAAUAAAAUAGAAAUGUCGUGGAAAAUUGUUUUAUUUCAAGUGCUUAUCUCGAUAUUAUAUUUUGCCAGCCUUUUAGCGCAGCAAGGCGAAUAUAAAUUUUCCACUAAAGAUGCUGACUACAUAAUUGUUAACGAAAUGAAAACUUGGCAAGACGCCAUUAAAUAUUGUAAAGAACAAAAGCAAAUGCAGCUAGUUUCUUUCGAGACACAAGAGAAAACCGUUAAAUUUCUUAUAUAUUUAUAUAAAAGAGAUUUUCUACAAAGUAAAAAAGUUCAUCCAAGUAGUACGGUAGUAUUUGCUUAUUGGACGUCCGGCAACAAUUUAGAUAAUCCCGAACAAUUCAUAUGGGAGACCGCUAAUCAGCCGAUAGAAUAUUUUCAUUGGCUGAAUAAAGUUGAAGAGGCACCAGGUGGUAAGGGCUGCAUUUUGAUGGGUCUAACGACUUUUGGCCGUUGGACAAAUGCAUCGUGUGAGACACCGAAUCUUUUUAUUUGCGAGAGUCCUCACUAAAUGUUUAUAUGCAAUAUUUGUGAAACAAUAAUUAUUUGAAGAAUUGAAAAUAUAGUUUUUUUGUUCAAAAAUAGUAAGUCAAAACCAUUAAUUUUGAAAUAAAUUUUUUGGACAUCUUUAUUACAUCUAUUUUUGAAUAAAUUAUUAAUCCCAAAAUUUUCCGAAA